GUCUAUCAGAAACUUUGCGGAAUCAUUCUUCAUUUCUUCACAAGAACUUCAUCGAACAACGCAGGCUUACUGUAACGAGGGGUAAAUAAUUAUGGCACUGAAUAGCAACUUUGUGGUGGUGUUGGUGUUUUCGGUGUUGUACCAGCUGUGCUUCGCCCAUCCCAUCAGCGAAGAAGAUCCUCCAAUCAGCGAGACAGCCAAACUGCUUACGAUUGGUGCCAGGGUGGUACGUGGACCAGAUUGGAAAUGGGGAGAUCAGGACGGUAAUCCGCCUGGGGAGGGUAGUGUCGACGGCCCAUACAGUACUCCCGGUUGGUACUGGGUACAAUGGGACGCGGGGAAAAGACACACUUACCGAAUAGGAGCAGAGGGAAAGUACGACCUGAAGCUUGUUGACGCUGCGUCUCUAGACGGAUCAGUUCGGUUGGCAAAUGGCGAUGACGAACUCAGCGGUCAGGUGGAAAUCAAUCACGACGGGACCUGGGGAACAGUCUGUGACGUCAACUGGGACAUCCAGGAUGCCAUGGUCGUCUGUCGUCAGCUCGGCAACUUCUUAGAAGCAGUGGAGAUCAAGACGGGAUCGUUCUACGGAGAGAGCGAGCGACCGAUCGUGAUGAACCGUGUGGCGUGUCGAGGGACGGAGAGUCGGUUGGCUGACUGCCCGUUUGUCUGUACCAGCUCUCGUCCCUGUAAUACCUCACAAGUGGCCGGGGUGGUUUGCCGACUACCAAAACUCAAUACGGUUCGGUUGGUUGGAGACGGUUCGGAUCCCGCCAGCGGACGCGUAGAGAUCUACCGUAAUGCAACCUGGGGGACAAUUUGCGACAUUGAUUGGGACAUGGAUGACGUCCAGGUUGUCUGUCGUCAGCUGGGAUUCUCCGGGGCUGUGGAAGCCAAGUCUGGGGCCCAUUUCGGCCAGGGGGAGGGGCCAAUCCACAUGGAGGGAGUGGCCUGUGAUGGGUCUGAGAGUCAACUGGCUGACUGCCCGUCUCAUUGCUGGCAGAAAUCGGCAUGUAGCCACGCCCAAGAUGCUGGCGCCAUCUGUCGUCAGGAUGAAUGUACGAGUCCUGACAGCGCUGCUUACGAUUGCACUAUUAAUAGUUGUCAUGGAAUGCUUAGAUCCUUCGAUCAGUCUCUGGGUCUGCCAGAAUCUUUCCAAACGGCUCACUUUUACGACUAUCAUCCGACGGACGGACACGGUCAGGUGGAAAUCAACCACGACGGGACCUGGGGAACAGUCUGUGACGUCAACUGGGACAUCCAGGAUGCCAGGGUCGUCUGUCGUCAGCUCGGCAACUUCUUAGAAGCAGUGGAGAUCAAGACGGGAUUGUUCUACGGAGAGAGACGAGAGCUGUGCUCCGCCCAUCCCUUAAGCGAAGGAGGUCCAUCAUUCAGCGAAUCCGAGAUAGCCAGACUGUUUACGAUUGGUACCAGGGUGGUACGUGGACCAGAUUGGACGUGGGGAGAUCAGGACGGGUCUCCACCCGGUGAAGGGCGGAUCAUUGCUGAACUAAAUGACAAUGGCUGGGUCCGGGUGGAGUGGGAUACAGGUAAUAGAGAAGCUUACCGAAUGGGGAAAAAUGGAAAGUACGAUCUAAAACUUGUAGAUGUUGUUGACCCUGCAUCUCUGGAUGGAUCGGUUCGGUUGGCGAAUGGCGAUGACGAACUCAGCGGUCAGGUGGAAAUCAAUUACGACGGGACCUGGGGAACAGUCUGUGACGUCAACUGGGACAUCCAGGAUGCCAUGGUCGUCUGUCGUCAGCUUGGCAACUUCUUAGAAGCAGUGGAGAUCAAGACGGGAUCGUUCUACAGAGAGAGCGAGCGACCGAUCGUGAUGAACCGUGUGGCGUGUCGAGGGACGGAGAGUCGGUUGGCUGACUGCCCGUUUGUCUGUACCAGCUCUCAUCCCUGUAAUACCUCACAAGUGGCCGGGGUGGUUUGUCGACCAAAACUCAAUACGGUUCGGUUGGUAAGCGAUGGUUCGAAUCCCGCCAGCGGACGCGUAGAGAUCUACCGUGAUGCGACCUGGGGGACAGUUUGCGACAACGACUGGGACACGGGUGACGUCCAGGUCGUCUGUCGUCAGCUGGGAUUCUCAGGGGCUGUGGAAGCCAAGUCCGGGGCUCAUUUCGGCCAGGGGGAGGGGCCAAUCCACAUGGAGGGAGUUUCCUGUGAUGGGUCUGAGAGUCAACUGGCUGACUGCCCGUCUCAUUGCUGGCAGAAACCGGCAUGUAGCCACGCCCAAGAUGCUGGCGCCAUCUGUCGUCAGGAUGAAUGUACGAGUCCUGACAGCGCUGCUUACGAUUGCACUAUUAAUAGUUGUCAUGGAAUGCUUAGAUCUUCGAUCGGUCUCUGGGUCUGCCAGAAUCCUUCCAAACGGCUCACUUUCACGACAGUCCGACGGACGAAGAAACUGUGCGCUUGUCAUCCCAUCGGUGAUGAACCUGAUGAUUUAUCUGAAGUGCUGAAGAUGGGAACGAGGGUGGUACGCGGACCAGACUGGAAAUGGGGAGAGCAAGACGGUAAUCCACCCAGUAAGGGUAGUGUCGAUUCUGAACUAAGUGCAGGCGGCUGGAUCAUCGUACAAUGGGACGCGGGGGUUAGAGCUCAUUACCGAAUGGGAGCAGAAGGGAAGUACGACCUGAAACUUGUUAACCCUGCAUCUCUGGAUGGAUCGGUUCGGUUGGUUGACGGGGAUGACGAACUCAGCGGUCGAGUGGAAAUCAGUCACGACGGGACCUGGGGAACAGUCUGUGACGUCAACUGGGACAUCCAGGAUGCCAUGGUCGUCUGUCGUCAGCUCGGCAACUUCUUAGAAGCAGUGGAGAUCAAGACGGGAUCGUUCUACGGAGAGAGCGAGCGACCAAUCUUGAUGAACCGUGUGGCGUGUCGAGGGACGGAGAGUCGGUUGGCUGACUGCCCGUUUGUCUGUACCAGCUCUCGUCCCUGUAAUACCUCACAAGUGGCCGGGGUGGUUUGCCGACCAAAACUCAAUACGGUUCGGUUGGUUGGCGAUGGUUCGAAUCCCGCCAGCGGACGAGUAGAGAUGACCUGGGGGACAGUCUGCGACAAUGACUGGGACACGAAUGACGUCCAGGUCGUCUGUCGUCAGCUGGGAUUCUCCGGGGCUGUAGAAGCCAAGUCUGGGGCUCAUUUCGGCCAGGGGGAGGGGACAAUCCACAUGGAGGGAGUGUUCUGUGAUGGGUCUGAGAGUCAACUGGCUGACUGCCCGUCUCAUUGCUGGGAGAAACCGGCAUGUAGCCACGCCCAAGAUGCUGGCGCCAUCUGUCGUCGGGAUGAAUUCAUUCAGAGCCAUGCGCAGCAUCCUGGUGUAGACGCCAUCAAGCGACUUCUCCUGCUUUACAGUGAGGAUCCACGAUUUAGCACCGGUUACGGUUACGAACUGUGCUCAGCCCAUCCCAUAAGCGAAGAAGGUCUACCAAUCAACGGACCAGAGAUAACCCAGGUGUUGAAACUUGGAACCAGGGUGGUACGCGGACCCGAUUGGAUCUUUGGAAAUCAGGACGGUAAUCCGCCUGGUGAGGGCAGUAUCGACGGCCCAUACAGUAUUCCGGGCUGGUUCUGGGUACAAUGGGACGCGGGGACCAAAGGUGUUUACCGCAUGGGAGCAGGAGGAAAAUACGAUCUGAAACUUGUUGAGGAUGCAACCAUUCGUUUGGUGGACGGGGAUGACGAACUCAGCGGUCAGGUGGAAAUCAAUCACGACGGGACCUGGGGGACAGUCUGUGACGUCAACUGGGACAUCCAGGAUGCCAUGGUCGUCUGUCGCCAGCUCGGCAACUUCUUAGAAGCAGUGGAGAUCAAGACGGGAUCGUUCUACGGAGAGAGCGAGCGACCGAUCGUGAUGAACCGUGUGGCGUGUCGAGGGACGGAGAGUCGGUUGGCUGACUGCCCGUUCGUCUGUACCAGCUCUCGUCCCUGUAAUACCUCACAAGUGGCCGGGGUGGUUUGCCGACCAAAACUCAAACUGUGCUCAGCCCAUCCCAUAAGCGAAGAAGGUCCUCCAAUCAGCGAAUCCGAGAUAACCAGCCUGCUUACGAUUGGUACCAGAGUGGUACGUGGACCAGAUUGGAUCUUUGGAGAUCAGGACGGUAAUCCGCCUGGUGAGGGCAGUAUCGACGGCCCGUACAGUAUUCCGGGCUGGUUCUGGGUCAAAUGGGACGCAGGGACCAAAGAUGCUUACCGCAUGGGAGCAGGAAAGUACGAUCUGAAACUUGUUGAGGAUGCACCUAUUCGUUUGGUUGACGGGGAUGACGAACUCAGCGGUCGAGUGGAAAUCAUUCACGGCUGGACCUGGGGGACAGUCUGUGACGUCAACUGGGACAUCCAGGAUGCCAUGGUCGUGUGUCGUCAGCUCGGAAUUUUCUUAGAAGCAGUGGAGAUCAAGACGGGAUCGUUCUACGGAGAGAGCGAGCGACAGAUCGUGAUGAACCGUGUGGCGUGUCGAGGGACGGAGAGUCGGUUGGCUGACUGCCCGUUUGUCUGUACCAGCUCUCGUCCCUGUGAUACCUCACAAGUGGCCGGGGUGGUUUGCCGACCAAAACUCAAUACGGUUCGGUUGGUUGGCGAUGGUUCGAAUUCCGCCAGCGGACGCGUAGAGAUCUACCGUGAUGCGACCUGGGGGACAGUUUGCGACAUUGAUUGGGACAUGGAUGACGUCCAGGUUGUCUGUCGUCAGCUGGGAUUCUCCGGGGCUGUGGAAGCCAAGUCCGGGGCUCACUUCGGCCAGGGGGAGGGGCCAAUCCACAUGGAGGGUGUGGCCUGUGAUGGGUCUGAGAGUCAACUGGCUGACUGCCCGUCUCAUUGCUGGGAGAAAUCGGCAUGUAGCCACGCCCAAGAUGCUGGCGCCAUCUGUCGUCAGGAUGAAUAUUCUGAAUUGAGCGUUGGCCAUCCAAUCAGUGGUGAACCUGAUGAUUUAUCCGAAGUGCUGAAGAUGGGAACGAGGGUGGUACGCGGACCAGACUGGCGAUGGGGAGAUCAGGACGGUAAUCCGCCUGGUGAGGGUAGUAUGGACAGUGAACUAAGAGGCGGCUGGACUUAUGUACAAUGGGACACGGGGCACAGAAACCAUUACAAAAUGGGAGCAGACGGGCAGUACGGCGUGAAACUUGGUGAGGAUGCGCGUAUUCGUUUGGUGGACGGGGAUGACGAACUCAGCGGUCAGGUGGAAAUCAACCACGACGGGACCUGGGGGACAGUCUGUGACGUCAACUGGGACAUCCAGGAUGCCAUGGUCGUCUGUCGUCAGCUCGGCAACUUCUUAGAAGCAGUGGAGAUCAAGACGGGAUUGUUCUACGGAGAGAGCGAAGAAGGUCAACCAAUGAGCGCAUCCGAGAUGGCCAGUAUUUUGAAAAUUGGUACACGGGUGGUACGUGGACCAGAUUGGGCCUAUGCAGAUCAGGAUGGUAACCCACCUGGUGAGGGUAGUAUCGAUGGCCCACACGAUACUGUUUCCGGCUGGUUUUAUGUAAGAUGGGACGCGGGGAACAGAAACAGUUAUCGAAUGGGAUUAGACGGCAAGUACGACCUGAAGCUUGUUGACGCUGCGUCUCUGGAUGGAUCUAUUCGGUUGGCGAAUGGCGAUGACGAACUUAGCGGUCAGGUGGAAAUCAAUCACGACGGGACCUGGGGAACAGUCUGUGACGUCAACUGGGACAUCCAGGAUGCCAUGGUCGUCUGUCGUCAGCUCGGCAACUUCUUAGAAGCAAUGGAGAUCAAGACGGGAUCGUUCUACGGAGAGAGCGAGCGACCGAUCGUGAUGAACCUUGUGGCGUGUCGAGGGACGGAGAGUCGGUUGGCUGACUGCCCGUUUGUCUGUACCAGCUCUCGUCCCUGUAAUACCUCACAAGUGGCCGGGGUAGUUUGCCGACCUAAACUCAAUACGGUUCGGUUGGUUGGCGAUGGUUCGAACGCCGACAGCGGACGAGUAGAGAUCUACCGUGAUGCGACCUGGGGGACAGUUUGCGACAACGAAUGGGACGCGGAUGACGUCCAGGUCGUCUGUCGUCAGCUGGGAUUCUCCGUGGCUGUGGAAGCCAAGUCCGGGGCUCAUUUCGGCCAGGGGGAGGGGCCAAUUCACAUGGAGGGAGUGUUCUGUGAUGGGUCUGAGAGUCAACUGGCUGACUGCCCGUCUCAUUGCUGGGAGAAACCGGCAUGUAGCCACGCCCAAGAUGCUGGCGCCAUCUGUCGUCGGGAUGAAUUCAUUCAGAGCCAUGCGCAGCAUCCUGGUGUAGACGCCAUCAAGCGACUUCUCCUGCUUUACAGUGAGGAUCCACGAUUUAGCACCGGUUACGGUUACGAACUGUGCUCAGCCCAUCCCAUAAGCGAAGAAGGUCUACCAAUCAACGGACCAGAGAUAACCCGGGUGUUGAAACUUGGAACAAGGGUGGUACGCGGACCCGAUUGGAUCUUUGGAAAUCAGGACGGUAAUCCGCCUGGUGAGGGCAGUAUCGACGGCCCAUACAGUAUUCCGGGCUGGUUCUGGGUACAAUGGGACGCGGGGACCAAAGCUGCUUACCGCAUGGGAGCAGGAGGAAAAUACGAUCUGAAACUUGUUGAGGAUGCAACCAUUCGUUUGGUGGACGGGGAUGACGAACUCAGCGGUCAGGUGGAAAUCAAUCACGAUGGGACCUGGGGGACAGUCUGUGACGUCAACUGGGACAUCCAGGAUGCCAUGGUCGUCUGUCGCCAGCUCGGCAACUUCUUAGAAGCAGUGGAGAUCAAGACGGGAUCGUUCUACGGAGAGAGUGAGCGACCGAUCGUGAUGAACCGUGUGGCGUGUCGAGGGACGGAGAGUCAGUUGGCUGACUGUCCGUUUGUCUGUACCAGCUCCCAUCCCUGUAAUACCUCACGAGUGGCCGGGGUGGUCUGCCGACCAAAACUCAAUACGGUUCGAUUGGUUGGUGAUGGUUCGAAUCCCGCCAGCGGACGAGUAGAGAUCUACCGUGAUGCGACCUGGGGGACAGUCUGCGACAAUGACUGGGACACGGAUGACGUCCAGGUCGUCUGUCGUCAGCUGGGAUUCUCCGGGGCUGUGGAAGCCAAGUCUGGGGCUCAUUUCGGCCAGGGGGAGGGGCCAAUCCACAUGGAGGGUGUGGCCUGUGAUGGGUCUGAGAGUCAACUGGCUGACUGCCCGUCUCAUUGCUGGGAGAAACCGGCAUGUAGCCACGCCCAAGAUGCUGGCGCCAUCUGUCGUCGGGAUGAAUAAGCCGUGAAAGUUACUC